UGUUAAAACUUUACUAGAUGGAAUGGCGACCAUUGAAGCGAACGAAGCUGACAACAAGGGAUGAACAACCGGCCCGUUUGACACAACGCAUGGCCGAUGUACUCCAGUCGCAUUUGAUUAGUUAUUCACCGUUUGAUGUCACGAAGGCUGUGGUACCAGUAGUAUCAGGCGUUGAGCUUCAUCAGCAAACUGUUGAACCCUACACGCUGCUAACAGCAAUUACUGCGUCGAAUAUGCGGUUAGGUGUUGAGCAAACAGUAGGACAAAUAACGGGUUUACUUGAGGGUGAGCUGCUGGGGCUCAGGGGCGAAUCGAGCUCCAACGGUCGAACAACGGCAGAGGUGCAUUGUGAACUCGCCAACCGCUGCCUACUCUCCUCGCUAUACGACGCUCAACUAGCACUCAUGGAUCUCGGCACAACAACGGCAGCCCGUGGCUACCCUGCCGGUUCCAGCGCCAAGCCCUGCCCCGCGGCCAACGUUGUGCCAAUGGCCAUCCUCAACGCCCAGCACGCAAUCUCGCUCGCGUCGUACCUCCAAGAGUACGACAGCCUAGUGUACUGCGCCGUAUCACUAGCUGGGCUGCAUGUGGGUCGCCGUCGUGACUUGGCAGCCGCUGCUGCUGUGCUAGACGAGUGCGCGGCUCAGCUGAUGUGCUGCGGCGCUUCUGCUGCUGGUAUUGGGGAGGAUGAUACGGCACGGCGAGCGGCGCUGCUGCUGCGGGUGCUGCCUAAGAGCAUGGAGGUAUACAACAUGCAGGGCCGCACCUCCGACAGCUUCGCUCGCUGGCAGCAGCUGAACCGAGCCCUGCUGCUCUGCGGGCGCAGCACCCCCCAGCGCUGCCCCAUCUGCGCGGGGCCCUUCUCGCCUGACAGGGGCUGCUUCGCUAUGAGCUGCGGACAUUCUUUCCACAGGGACUGCUGCGACGCCUGGUUGGGCCGUAUGAUGCACACGUCAGGGGUGUUCCGAGCGGAGUGCCCGGUAUGCAAGCAGCACGACCCCGCACUGCACCCCACCCCGGCGGCCGUACAGGCGCUAAAUGGGCACAGGAGGGCUGCAGGGGAGCAUGGUGCCAGCACCAGCAGCGGCAGUGACAGCGGCAGCAGCACUAGCAGUGGCAGCCACAGCAGCAGCAGCAGUAGCGGUAGCUGCAAUACCAACAGCAGCAGCAGCAGUUGCCAAACCGACAAUACUGAGGACUACAGGGAGGACGAGGACGAUAGCGGCGGGAGUGAGAGUGAGGAAACACGUGAGAGCGGGGAUAUGAGUGAGGGCGACGACGUUGCGAACGAGCGCACUGAGAGCAGCAUUUGUGGGGGCUACAUCGCAGACGCCAGCGAGGGUAGCGAUGCUGAUAACGCAUGCUAGGCAGGAGGCCUUGUGUUAUGUUGAAACAAUUGAGCCGCGUAACGUGUACUGACGACAGCUGUCGACUGAGGAGAAACGCACUGGCAUGUGGAAUUGUGUCGGUCUGGGCUGUAGCAGACCGGCGAGGAAAGCGCCUUUCUUUUGGCAGGCGGGCAGAGGCCGCAGGUUAAGACCAACAAUAACUUUUGUUUCUUUCGUCCUUAGCUCGUGCUAUCUUUGCAUGCAUGCAAACGACCAGUUGUUAAUAAUAAUGCAAACCUAGGUGUUGUACUAGGCCGUGUAUGGGACACACUGAUGCGGCUGCACUAGCAGCGCGGCCAUGCAUCUUCCUCGUGCUAUUUGGUUGCGGCUGCACUUACGAUGGGCCAAAGCAACUGAUUCGUAGCUGUUGCGUGACUGCACGAGCGUGCCUUGCAUGGUAGCCGGUGCAUGUGAGGUUUAGUGGGUGGGAAGGGGUGCGGGAUUAGCGAAUGAGGUACCUACCGACCUCCCUGCUUUGCGGUAGGAGCCGUCGGGGGGUUUCAGAACGGUCGGAGAGCGCAGGGUAUUUGUUUGCAUUAGUCUUUCUGUUGCGUGGGUUUGAGAGAGAUCUCGUGCUAGGUUACGGUGUUGCAACCGGAUAAUUGGUCACCCGUAAUCGCAUUUCAUUGUUUUUUGAGGGGUUGGCUGUGUUUUACGCGGAAAGGCACUCUUGGGGAGUCCUUCAUUGCCAGAGGACGUUAAACACUAUAGGUGCUUUCUUGAGGGGUAGGCUGGGGGUUGGACUUGCGUUUCCGAGGGCAGGCAUGGUCAGCAUUGGCUGGAAAUCUUAAUCGGCAAGUACCAUGCCGCGUUUGUCUGGUUGCACUGUAGAGGGUUUGGAUGAGCCGCGUAAUUGUACUUGCCGUAGUAGCUGUCAAUCGAGGAGAGAUAUAGGGGUGGGAGCGACCAAGAGGGAAAGCGGAGAGGGGCUCUGCAGCAUAGCAGGAGUGGUGAUGCAGGAGGGAGAGCUGGAGAGCACGUGUGAUUUUACUGGGGACUGUUUUAGCGGGAACAAGCGAUACCUGGAUGGCCUGCUUGCUAGGCAUAUCCCUCCUUGCCCCUUGACGACACGCCUUUAUCCCAGUUUGAUUCACCACAGGGCAGUUUUGUGUGCACAUGCCCUCGUCUUGUUUGGUCUUUUUCCUAAUCAGAUGAAUACCGGUACAGUGGCACGCUGCCUGGUGCAUGUGAGUUGCACGUUAUCACCAACCGCGCCUCUCGUAAGUUGCCGCUGCCCAUGCAGGCCGUGUCGGGGGCCGCCCCUCGAAUGACCCUGCAGCUCGUUUAAAACUGCAACUGGAUUCCGUUAAAAAGGCGCAUGUGAAUGAGGGCGGUUGCAGAGUGCUAAGUUCUAUAGUGGAGGGCUGUCCCACGUACUAGGGUGUAAGGUUGGCAAGAGGUGUGGGGCAUGUUGCGUUUCAGAUGGCCGCUGAUGGCACGACCGGGGUUGCCCUACGCGGCCCCCUACCGGAUGCAGACGCCUUCCUUCUGAACCUUAGAUGCGCGUGCUACGGAAGUAACCCUAAUAAGAGAGCCAAGUUUUGUUUCCUUUGUCGAUCACACUUUCAUUAGGAGGGGAAGUUGGCCUACGUUUAAUAAGCCGGGUUCAAGGCUACAACUUUGGUCCUUGGGCAUGUUCAGAGGCUCCAUGGCGUUUGUCGGCCUGGAUGACUUGAAUGCGAUGCUGUGGGGGUAUGCGUGAGGAACAUGGCAGCUGUGUCCGAGUGAAUGAAUUUGCACAGAUUGCGGCUGUCCUCUGCUCCUGCCAACAAUGGGCUAGUGUUAUGAAGCAAAGGCUUUUGCGGGCUUGUGCGGUACGGAACGGCAGGACAAGGCAGGGCUGCCCUGCCCUGCCGCAUGCCUUCCUUAAACAUCGAUACUGUUGCCUGGUCUGCCACAGCUUGUACGACAUGUACGGGCUGCCAUCGGGCUUGGUUGCCGUGCAUGUCGGGCCCCACCCCAGUUCCUAAACCCAUUGUCUUU